AGUCAGCUCAGAACCAAAGAGCCCCUCGUCCCCUACCAAGCUUUAAACCUGAACUUUCCCCUUUAAAAACCCGAGAUCACCCCAGAGGACGUUAUUGCUCAAGACUAAAAGGCAGCUUUAACCAAAAGGAGGUGUGCCAGAGAGAACCAGCAUUUGUACCUGUUUUUGUUCCAGUCCAGUGGACGACUAGUUUCCCAACACCUGAAAGGUCUAGCCACAGCUAUGACACAAAGCAACGGGGAAAACCCUCAGAGGAACCAGAGUGGUCUUCACCAGAUCCGAGCUGGCAUCCAGAACCGAUCUCUAAAGGCCAAGAAGAGAGUGGAGGACAUCACAAAGAAUGACAUAAAGAGAUUCUUCUUCAAAAAYGCUUUCGUCAUUCUAACCGUAACUGCUGUCAUUACAGGUAUAAUCCUGGGUUUCGCCGUGCGUCCGUAUAAAUUGUCUUAUCGUGAAGUGAAAUACUUCUCCUUCCCUGGAGAGCUGCUGAUGAGAAUGCUCCAGAUGCUGGUGCUGCCGCUGCUGGUCUCCAGUCUCAUUACAGGUAUUGCUGCUCUGGAUAGCCGUGCCUCUGGUAAAAUGGGAAUGAGGGCAGUGAUCUACUACACCACCACAACCGUCAUUGCUGUCUUCAUUGGUAUUGUCAUGGUGCUCAUUAUUCACCCCGGGAAGGGAUCAAAGCAAGAGUUCACCAAGAAUCAGCAGAUAGAGCAGGUCAACGCUGCUGAUGCCUUUCUGGAUCUUAUCAGAAACAUGUUUCCUCCUAACAUUGUGGAGGCUUGCACCAAACAGUUCAAGACGCAGUAUGCCAAAAGAAUAAUCCACGUGACAGUCACGGUGAAUGACACCAUAUUACUGCAGAACGGCACUCAGCAAAUAGCCGAGGAGGAGAUGAUCCCGGUGCCGGGGGCAGUAAAUGGAAUCAAUGCACUGGGUUUGGUGGUGUUCUCCAUCUGCUUCGGUCUGAUCAUCGGCAACAUGAGGGAACAAGGAAAACCCCUCCGAGACUUCUUUGACUGCCUUAAUGAAGCCAUCAUGAGACUUGUUGCCAUAAUAAUGUGGUAUGCCCCCAUUGGUAUCUUGUUUCUGAUUGCUGGUAAGAUUGUGGAAAUGGAUGACAUCUCAGCUAUGGGAGGUCAGCUGGGAAUGUAUACAGUGACGGUUAUUUGCGGCCUGCUCAUCCACGCCAUUAUAGUCCUGCCAACGCUUUACUUCGUCAUCACUAGGAAGAACCCUUUCCUAUUCAUUGGAGGGCUGCUGCAGGCGCUCGUAACUGCCCUCGGAACAUCUUCUAGCUCUGCCACAUUGCCCAUCACUUUUAAAUGUCUGGAGGAGAACAACAACKUGGACAAGCGUGUGACCCGUUUCGUGCUUCCUGUUGGUGCCACCAUAAACAUGGACGGCACCGCUUUAUAUGAAGCCYUGGCAGCCAUCUUUAUUGCCCAGGUCAAUGAUUAUGACCUUAACUUUGGACAGAUUCUCACCAUCAGUAUUACAGCCACAGCAGCCAGUAUUGGAGCAGCUGGAAUCCCUCAAGCUGGACUUGUCACCAUGGUCAUAGUACUAACAUCUGUAGGGCUUCCCACUGAUGACAUCACCCUGAUCAUUGCUGUUGAUUGGUUCCUGGAUCGACUGCGCACCACCACCAACGUCCUCGGCGACUCCAUCGGAGCUGGCAUCGUGGAGCACCUGUCUCGCCACGAGCUGCGAAAGAAGGACCCAGAGGUGGGGAACUCGGCGGUGGCGGAGGAAGCCGACAGGAAGCCGUACCAGCUAAUUUCCCAAGAGAACGCAUACGAGAAYGAGAGGCUGGAUGACAGCGAAACCAAGAUGUAAAGGAGCGCAAAUUCUUUCACCCAAAGCUGGAUGUAAUCCUGUAGGAAAAUCCCUUGCUCUGUCACAGACAGACUAAUUUUCAAAACUCACAAACCUGGAGGGUUUUAAUGAAAUGAAACAUACUGCUAGAACGUAUCUCAGCCAAAUGAAUUCCACUACUGUGUGAGGGUCCCCGYUUUCCACACUGCUGACUCUAAGGGUUUAUACUGUGAUGCUUCCUGGGAUGCAUGUAGGGUGAAAGGGGGCAGCUGUUUACUAUUAUGAAUGAUUUACAGAGCCCAGCUGUCAUGUGGUGUGCAUUCAACGUGCAAACUUUGCUUUGACUGUAAAUGUUGAUGUUGUCCACUAGAGGCCGGUUUUGCUGUGGGUCAUCACAGUUUGUAGAUGCACAAAUCUUCUUGCUUUAAGGUUGCUGCUUUUGCUUAGUUCCCUAGUGUUUUAAAUGAAAAAAGUUUAAGUUUGAAUUUGUUUAGAGAAAAGUGAAAUGUAUCAGAUACCAAACACAUAAACACACAUUUAAAAAAAACGGCUCGUGGGAAAAAUGGCUGCUUUAAACCUUUUGCACAUAUACCUGAGGCUUUAAUUUUUACAGUUUGUUGUACAGAUUUACGCUGAAUUAGUAUCAAUAUGUUUUAUGUUAGACAUUUAACCUGUAAAAGUCUAAAGCAAUAAGUACUAGAUAAGCAAAACAGAUAGAAUCUUCAUUUUUGUUUCUAAAAUAGAUCUUUACACUAAUUGUUAAAUGUCUCAGUGUUUUUGCUUCACAUUCAUUUCUUUAGUUUAGAAUAUGACAUCAUUUUUCAACAUACAAUUCUGAAAAAUUCAACUUAGUUAUACCUUAAGUUAAAUUAUGAAAGYAUUUUGUUGCUGAUUUAUUCCACAUGUGAAUCCUGAACAACACACAAAAAAAUGAGGCAUUAACUCUCUUAACCUAAUCAAACCCAAAUUAGUUUUUUAAAAAUAUGAACCUAACCACUUUCCUGAGCUUUCCAUAACAAAUGAAUAAAAAACUAAAAAAUAAUUAUAAAACAAGUGCCUUUUGUUGGAAAAUACUCAUCACUGUGUUUGAAAAGUGUUAUCUGGAUGAUCACUUUCAUUACACUCAACAGAAUUCAUCGCAAGUGAUCUGAAUGGGUUCAUUUUGUAAACAGCAGGCUGAAGAUUUUUCUUCUUAAACUGCUACCUUGUUUGUUUGUGUCGCCCAAUUUAAUGUGUACRUACUGUAUGUAUUAGAUUUCAUUUAGGUUCCAUCAUCUGCUUUGGCUAACUUGCUGUUUAGGAUUGAACUAAUUCAAUGUAAAAGAAAAGUUCWUACAUAGCUCUUGUUUUGUAUAAAAGAUCAAUCUGAACAUACUGUAUCUGUAUAGAUAAAUGUAGAUAAAUAUGUAUAUUAUUUGUAGAUAAUAUAGAAAAAAAAUGGUUACUUAAUUGUUGUAUAAUUAAAGACAACCACAAGUUUACCAAACCUCAUGACCAACUAACAGUCUUUAUAAUUUGUAUUACAAAUGCAAAAGAAAAAAACUUUAGAUUUUUUUUGUAGCAUUAUCAUUUAUAGAAUUUUGGAAAUGGAGUAGUUCAUUUUGUUUACAGUUGUUAGUACCUGCUUUGACGUGAUGAAUUCACACAAAUACCAUCAAACUUUUGUAGUUUUGUCUUGCAUGUAUUUUUAAAAAUCAAAAUAAAGAAAAAAUGCUGCCUGA